AAUCCUCGUGUAACAUGCAUCCGAAACGGUCCACCCGGGACGCAAUCCGUCAUCAAUAUCUAAUGCUACACUGGUGAUCGGAGUUACUAACAAUGGUUCAACGUCCGGAGAUCCGAGGCAUUUCUGCUAACAGAUGGGUCUACUGCAGCGGAUGAAUACGAGCGGCUAAAGGCACCAUCUGUACCGCGAAACACCACCGCGUUUCCCUCAAUCACUCAGUCUGGAACGAUGUCAUUUUAACAGUGCCUUUUGAGAAUCACAAGACACCAUCUCUCGGCCUCUAAGGUAGCUAGGCUAGCCGUGCCGAUGGCUAAUGUAAUGGCUAAAUUCGCCACGAAUUGGGCCUUUUGCUGUAUGGCGGGGUCGUUCUUAAGAGCUUUAUGAUUCCGUGACCUUAGCUCUGUGCUAUUGACCUACAAUCAACGAUUGAACGAACAAUUUGCUAAACAGUGGUUUAAAACUCUAUCACCAUGGCUGACAAGGACCCCAUCGUCACCCACGUAUUCACAGCCGACCCCUCCGCGCACGUCUUCAAUGGCAAACUCUUCAUCUAUCCGUCGCACGACCGGGAGACCGACAUCCCCAACAAUGACAACGGCGACCAAUACGACAUGAACGACUACCACGUCUUCAGCAUGGAAGAAGUCGGCGGGCCAGUCACAGACCACGGCGUCGUUUUGAAACAAGAAGACGUGCCGUGGGUGUCGAAGCAAUUGUGGGCGCCAGAUGCCGCAACGAAGAACGGCAAAUACUACCUAUAUUUUCCCGCCCGGGACAAGGAUGGCAUCUUCAGAGUGGGCGUUGCGGAGGGCGACAAGCCCGAAGGCCCAUUUAAACCGGAACCGGAGCCAAUUCAGGGUAGCUUCAGCAUCGACCCCGCUACCUUCGUCGACGAUGACGGGCAGGCGUAUCUGUACUUUGGAGGAAUAUGGGGAGGCCAGUUGCAAUGCUGGACGACGGGUGAAUUUCAGAGGGAUGCGUAUUCGACGAUGGAAGCGCAGGAUGGCCCCGCACUGUCUGCCAAGGUCGGCAAGCUUAACGACGAUAUGAAGUCUUUUGCCUCGCCCCCGCAGGACGUUCUUCUUCUCGAUGGCGAGACUGGCCAGCCAAUCCACUCGUCUGAUCACGAUCGACGCUUCUUCGAAGCCGCAUGGCUGCACAAGUACAAUGGAAAGUACUACUUUUCGUACUCAACCGGUGAUACACACUAUUUGGCGUAUGGCAUUAGCGACAGCCCGCUGGGCCCUUUCACAUACGGAGGGAGGAUUUUGGAACCGGUCUUGGGAUGGACGACUCACCACUCCAUUGCGGAGUUCAAGGGAAAGUGGUAUCUGUUCUAUCACGACACGAGUAUCUCCGGGAAGAACCAUUUGAGGUGUGUCAAGAUAAGAGAGAUUGUCUAUGAUGCGGAGGGCAAGAUUCAGUUGGCGGAACCUCAAGCCAAACUUGAGACGGCUGCUUAGAUUGUGUUAUCACAAAUCAUAACGAAUGAAACAAUGUGAACAAAAAUAUUCAACA